AUGCACAUUUUCGGAUCACUGCCCCUUUUCGGCUUUCCCUUAUUUCCAAAUCUCACCCACUUCAAUCUAAGUGGCAACAAUUUCCAAGGGCCUAUACCGCAUGCCAUUGGAAAUCUCUCCAGGCUCACGUCUUUGGACUUGGGCAACAACUUUUUUGAUCAACAAAUUCCAUCUGAGAUUGACCAGGUAACAGAGCUUCAGUAUCUAAAUCUCCGCAACAACCGUCUCUCUGGUACCAUCCCUUAUCAACUGAGCAAUCUCCCAAAGAAUUCCCAGAAUUUAUAUCUCAAUGCCGGAAACUUGACGUUCCUCAACUUGUCUCAUAAUAAUUUGAAUGGCCAAAUUCCACCUUCGAUAGGCCAACUCAGGGAGCUCCAGUACCUUGAUCUUUCAUACAACUCCUUAAACUCUUCUAUCCCUUCUGAGCUUGGUCUUUGUACAAACCUCACCCACUUGAGUUUAGCUAAUAACCGAUUCUCUGGCACGAUUCCGGACAAUAUAGGUUUGAUUUCUGGUCUUCAACGUGUUGACCUGAGUAUGAAUCUUCUGGAAGGGAAAAUUCCAUCCUCUGUAGGCCAACUCAGGGAGCUCCAGUACCUUGAUCUUUCAUCCAACUCCUUAACCUCAACAAUCCCUUCUGAACUUGUUCUUUGUACAAACCUCACCUACUUGAGUUUAGCUAAUAACCGAUUUUCUGGCACGAUUCCGGACAAUAUAGGUUUGAUUUCUGGUCUUCAACGUGUUGACCUGAGUAUAAAUCUUCUGGAAGGGAAAAUUCCAUCCUCUGUAGGCCAACUCAGGGAGCUCCAGUACCUUGAUCUUUCAUCCAACUCCUUAUACUCAACAAUCCCUUCUGAACUUGUUCUUUGUACAAACCUCACCUACUUGUACUUGUCUUCCAAUAAACUCAAUGGGGAACUGCCUCUGUCCUUGUCCAAUCUGAACAACCUCGUCGAAUUGGGUUUAGCAAAGAACCAAUUCUCUGGCACGAUUUCGGACAAUAUAGGUUUGAUUUCUGGUCUUCAACAUAUUGACCUGGGAAUGAAUCUUCUGGAAGGGGAAAUUCCACUCUCUAUAGGCCAACUCAGGGAGCUCCAGUACCUAAAUCUUUCAUACAACUUCUUAAACUCAUCAAUCCCUUCUGAACUUGGUCUUUGUACAAACCUCAACCGCUUGUCCUUGUCUUCCAAUAAACUCAACGGGGAACUGCCUUUGUCCUUGUCCAAUCUGAACAACCUCGUCGAAUUGGGUUUAGAUAAUAAUCUAUUUACUGGUCAAAUCCUUCCUUCUCUGGUCUCCAAUUGGACUAAUAUGGAAUCUUUGCAACUUCAGUCCAAUGAACUCAGUGGGGAGAUUCCGACGGAAGUUGGAAAUAUGAGCUUUCUGUUCACGCUCAAUCUAAGAAGGAACCAUUUGACAGGAGUGAUCCCUCAGAUUCUAGGCAAUUUAAUUUAUCUUAAGCUGCUCGAUUUGUCACACAACCAUCUUUCGGGGCAAAUCCCAUCAUUUGUCAACAUA